AUGGCCACCGAAGCCGCCGUUCGGACCUUUUUCUCGUCCCCUCAUUUUGCCGUCGUCGGGGCCAGCUCCAACCCAGCCAAAUACGGCCACAAAGUCUUCGCCUGGUACGUCCACCACUCCCUCCCCGUAACCCCUAUCAACCCAACCGCCCCGGCCAUCACCCUCCCCAACGGCGGCCCGGACCACCCCACUGUCCCGUCCCUCUCCGCCCUCCCGGCCCCGUCCACCACCUCCGUCUCAAUCAUCACCCCGCCCGCCGCGACCCUCGCCGUCCUCCGCGAGGCCGCCGCCCUCGGCGUCCCGGCCGUGUGGCUCCAGCCGGGCACCUUCGACGACGAGGUCCUUCGCUUUGCGAGGGCGGGGAAGGGGGAGGGGUUCGGGGGCGCGGUCGUUGCGGGGGAGGGGGGCAGGGGCUCGGAGGGGUGGUGUGUGCUGGUUGAUGGGGAGAGGGGGUUGAGGAGUGUGGGGAAGCUGUGA